CCGAAGGAGAAAAGUUGCAAAGAAGUUAGAUGGUUUGAUUCUCCCCCACAUAAUGAAGAGGCUGAAUGUAAUGACUAGAGAAUUAAACUUGGAGGUUGUAGAAAGCUCAGAAGAAGUUGCUGAAGUUACAGCAUUAGGUGGUAGCGGAUUCAGGUUUGUUGUCAACUUGCAAGAGAGGACAUGUUCUUGUAGACAAUGGCAAGUUUCCGGCCUUCCUUGCAAACAUGCUCUUGCAUUCAUCACAUCACUUACCAAUGCACACAUACGACAAUAUGUGGACUUGUAUUACUCCCUUGAAAAAUUCAGAUCAGCUUAUGCCCAACUAAUCCCUGCUAUGCCUGACAAGAACCAAUGGCCUCAAUCUGACCAUGGCUUCUUCAUGCAUCCGCCACUAUUGAAGGCUACUGCUGGUAGGCCUAAAACUGAGAGGUACAAAGGUUACGGUGAGAAGAAAAGGAAAAAUGGCAAACACUUAUGCCCUAUUUGUAAGGAAUAUGGACAUCAUUGGCAUAAUUGUAAGAAAGGCAACCCCGAUGACAUUGCUGCGAUGAUGGCUGUGAGAGAACCACCAAAGAAGAGGGCAAAGACAUCCCAAACAGCCGAGUCAUCCAUUGUGCCUUAUGCGGAUGGAGAACCAACAAGAAUGUGUUUUCCCCCAAGCCAAAAUUUGGAAACUACAACUAAGAAGGAAAAGAAGGAAAAACAUGCUAACUCAAGUGCUGGAGCAUCAAAAAGUAGCAAAAGCUUGGAGAAUACAAGUAAAAAAAAGGGGAAAGGGAGCAACUCUAAAUCGGUUGGAUCCAAAAGAUCAGGAACCGGCUCAAACCAACCAGACCCAAUUUCCAUAGAGUUUCCUAUGCCCGGAGAUGAAAAAGAUGUUCCUGUGAAGGCGGGCGAGAGUAAAAAGAGAAAGUGCGCUGAAAAGAUUCCUAUGGUUCCAGGUUGA